AUGGCAGAUGCGCUGGGGGCUGCUAAGCCGUGCCUUCGUCAGAUCCUCGAGCAGAUGAUGCAAUCGGUCGCCUCAACCAAAGCCCAGGCAGCAUGGGGAGUGGCCACAGCUGCACUACUGUACCUGAACCUGAAGAGGAUCCCUUUUGUUUGGCAUUUUCGUGUGUUCAGCCACAUCUGGUGGCCCAAGAAUGGGCUUUUCGAGCACAAACCUGGAGCUAUCUUCCAGCCGGUAGUCACACCUUCUCGGGUUGCUCUGCUGGAGACCGACUACAAUUUGCACAAGUCAAAUAGCACCUACUUCUCUGAUCUUGAUGUUGCUAGGACGGACCUUCUCGCCGCUCUGAGAGCUCAAGCAAUUGACGGCGGUCUGUACAAGGAUUACAAGAGAGGUGUUCAAGUUCUGCUCGCAGGCACCUCCUGCACCUUCAAGAAGGAAAUCAAGCCUGGUGCUGCCUUUAACAUGCAAAGCAGAGUCCUCACCUGGGAUAAGAAGUGGCUGUACAUUGUAACCCAUUUUGUCGAGAAGCGGAAAGGGAGCAAGUCGCCCACCUACCAACCAUGGAAGGAAGUAGAUGAAGGCAAGACUGACCAGUCAUCGCCUCUUGUCUAUGCGACAGCAAUCUCGAAAUGCGUUGUCAAAGCCGGUCGUCUCACUGUGCCACCGCAGAAGUUCUUCCAGGCGGCAGGAGUUCUUCCUUCGGAGGACCAACCAGAAGGAUCCAUUGCAGACGCCACGCCAGAGGCAAAUGACUUCGGAGGGUGGACUUGGGCAAAGGUUGAGGAAGAGCGUCUGGAGGCAUUGAAAAUUGCUGAUGGUUUUGCCGGUGGUCUAGAUGCGGCGCACGAGAAAGCCAAUUUGUUGGUUUGA